UCCUCUUUCCAGAGCAAGGGGCUACGUGGUGAACGUGGCAGCCCCCACCACGUUGCCGUGGCCCUGUCUCGUCAAUUCGGCGACCGGCACCCUCCGGUGAAACGAUACUUGAAUUGCUCCAGUCCAGCCAGGGUAGAUCCAUGUAGUAGUAGCCGCCAGGAAAGGCGAGGGCCGGGGAGGUAGGAAAGUUCUACCUCGAGGCAGCCCGAGGACUGCUCAGGAGCCCCUCAGCGACUCGACUGCUACCGGGAUCCCAUCCGCCUGUUGUGGGCUGGCUCAGUGUGUCCAAACUUGGAAGGAGCUGGGCUCUCUCCAGCGUUGGGUGAUUGACUUGGUCACCACAAGCCGGAGCACUAGGACCCACCCCGCCUUGCUCCAGGAAGAAGGCGAGAAGGUCUGUUUGUGUUUGCCCUUUCGGUCCCUUUUCGCGUAAAGCCACUUCGGCCGUGCACGACACAGGCGCGAUAUGAAGGUCGAGUUUGCCCCGCUCAACAUCCCCUUGUCGAGGAGAGCGCAAACCGCCGCUGUGUCUCAGUGGGUCUUCUCCUUUCUGCUGCUAGCACAAUGCUGCUGCGGAAUCUUCAUGAUCUUUCUGUUUGGAGAUUACUGGUUUAUCUCUGCUUUUUAUGCACUCUGGCUCUACUUUGAUUGGGAAACACCCCAAACUGGGGGAAGAAGAUCCAAGUGGGUCAGAAACUGGACUGUGUGGAGGUACUUUAAAGAGUACUUUCCAAUUCAUCUCAUAAAAACGUCCGAUUUGGAUCCAAGUCAAAACUACCUCUUUGGAUUUCAUCCUCAUGGUGUCCUUGUUGCUGGAGCUUUUGGAAACUUUUGCACAGAAUACACCGGUUUUAAGAAGUUAUUCCCUGGUCUGACUCCAUACCUUCAUAUUUUGCCUGUCUGGUUCAGAUUCCCUUUCUUCAGGGAUUAUAUUAUGUGUGCUGGGCUGGUUUCAGCAUCCAAGAAGAGUGUGUCUCAUGUGCUGACCAAUGAAGGAGGUGGAAAUGUUGCAGUGAUUGUAAUUGGAGGAGCAGAAGAGUCUUUGGAUGCCCGUCCUGGAAGCUUAACUCUUAGUAUCCUCAAAAGGAAAGGGUUCAUUAAGGUGGCUUUGAAACAUGGGGCUCAGCUAGUACCAGUGUUUUCUUUUGGUGAAAAUGAGCUGUUCAAACAAAUUGCAAACCCAAAAGGAUCAUUGCUCAGAUCAUUGCAAGAGAAACUGCAGAAGAUUAUGGGGUUUUCGUUGCCUCUGUUUCAUGGCAGAGGGAUCUUUCAGUAUAGCUUUGGUGUGAUGCCUUACAGGAAACCUAUUCAUACCAUUGUUGGGAGUCCUAUUGCUGUGAAACAAAAUCUGAAUCCUACCGUUGAAGAAAUUGAUCAACUCCAUCAGAAAUAUCUGCGAGACCUACAAGAGUUAUUUGACAAAAAUAAAGAAAAGUAUGGGAUACCAGAGCAGAUGUCUCUCAUGUUUACCUAAAUGCAAUAACAGGGAGAAUUGGAUUCAGAAGAGUUGCUUGCUGAUGCAAAGCAACCUUUUACCUUGUCCCAUCCUUCUCUCCAAAGACAUAUAAGAGUUACACUCUUCUUGUGUAACUGUGUGCAAUAUGAAUUAAGAAAGGACUCAUUUGUAUCCAAGAAUUCUUGAUAAUGCAAUUUUGUUUUUGCAGUUUUUUGCAAAAAUGUAUAAAUUUUUAUUAAAAAUGGACAUGGAAGAAGAACAAGUAAAAGAGUGUAUGGUUAAGUGGGCAAAAAUUUUUGGUUAUAAUAUACAAAUGGAUCAAUGGGAAAAUAUGUGGAAAAAAGGUUUGAAAUUUACAUUAUGCUAUAAUCUUAAAGAAAAUUUUUAUAAAAUGAUGUAUCGUUGGUAUAUGACUCCAGAAAAGUUGUCAAAAAUGUAUAGUAAGGUUUCUAAUGUAUGUUGGAAAUGUAAACAACAAGAAGGAUCUUUUUAUCAUAUGUGGUGGUUGUGUAAACAGGCAAAAUUAUUUUGGGCACAGAUAGGUAGGAUGAUGCAAAAAAUCUUAAAGAUAAAUAUUCAGUCAAAACCAGAAUUUUUUUUAUUGGGUUUUAUGGAUAAACAAAAGGAAAAGAAAUAUGGAAGAAUAAUAUUAUAUAUGAUCACGGCAGCAAGAUUACUAUAUGCACAAAAGUGGAAAAUGGAAUCGAUACCAACAAUGGAAGAAUGGCUAUUGAAAUUAAUGGACUUAGUUGAGAUAGACAAAUUGACAUGUCUUAUUAGAGAAAAAACGACAGAUACAUUUCUUAAGGAAUGGAAGCCUCUUUUGGACUUUUUGCUGAAAGAAAAAAAUGAAAUGAUGAUAAUGGGAUUUGACGAUUAAUUAAGAUAGACUUUGGAAAAAAGUGAAUUUCGUAUGUUCUAGGAGACAGGUUUGAUAUAUAUUAUAUACUUAUAGCUGAUCUGUAACAAA